AUGUUGGUCAUGCAUUCAAAUUGCUCUUCAAAUCUUCGAUUUCCACAUGAUCUUAAGCUUUUUCGACCUCGUAUUUCUCGAACAACCCCUAGAAAUCUGUUCUUUUCUCCGAAUCAUUGCGGUGGUCCUCAGUUACGGGCUACUAAGAUUUGGAAGCAAGAAUACAAUUUGCCGCAUGAUAUGGGUCAGCUUAGGUCCAUGGAUGAGGAUUCAGUAGGUGUGUCCUCAUAUGAUGACUAGGGAAACAAUGAGGGCACUAGUGACUACAUGCUUUUCUCAAGUGAUGGAGAAGAUAGCGAUGGGGAAAUUCUGGUGACACCCAUGAACGAUGUUGACAUGCCAACAAUUAAAAGGCAGUUUGUUACUGCAGAAGAUGCUUUCACAACCACAGCUGCCAGGCUUGCCUUGCUUGGGAGAAUGCAUAAAAAAGACAGGAUUACAUAUGGAUUUGUUUGCAAUUUGGGACUGAUAAGCUUCUUGACAUUAUGUCUGGCAUUUGUAGACUGGCAUGCUUGGCGUAUUGUUAGACAACCCUUGGGUGCCUUUUACUUUUUGUCACCCUUUUUAGCCUCUGCGUCAUUAGUUGCCUUUGCAGGCUAUGUCUCUGUUCCUAUACUUAAAGUAUUUAAUAUCCGUCAGAAAUUUCGAAGGAAAUGGCCUUACAAGUAUUACUCCAAAAAAGGACCGCCUACCAUUGGUGGAGUAUUUUUCGUUCCCAUUGGGGUUGCUGUUGCUAAAUUAAUGGGUUGUUCUUCAACUGAGUUUACUGGCAUUUUAACAGUGACUCUGGCAUAUGCUGUUGUUGGUCUUCUUGAUGAUACAAUAGGCCUUAUAAAGCCUAAUAGUUUUGGAUUAUCUAGAGGGACAAGAAUUUUGUUGGAGGUUGCUGUGGCAGCAUGGUUUUCAUUUUGGCUGUACUUCCAAAAAAUAUCAUCACCUUAUGGCAUGAAAAUGCUGGUCCCACUACCUGCACCCGUUGGCCUUGUGAACCUGGGAGGAUAUUAUAUCUUGUUAACCAUGUUAACAUUUAUUUUGAUGGCACGUGGUCAUAAAUUAAUUGACGAACUAGAUAGAUUUGCUGGAGGUACCUCAGCGUUGGCAUUUGUUGCGAUGUCUGUAGCAGUCCUUCCAAUUUGCACAGAUGUUUCCGUGCUUGGAACAUCGAUGGCAGGUGCUUGUGUUGGGUUUCUUCUGCACAACCGCUACCGAGCAUCUGUAACAAUGGGAAAUACUGGAUCCUUGGCAAUAGGCGGAGCCCUUGCUGCGAUGGCUUCAUGUAGUGGCAUGUUCAUUCCUCUUUUCAUUGCUUCAGGAAUUUUGGUCAUAGAAGUGAUUGUUGUGGUAAUACAGAUGAUUCCUUUCAAGAUAAACGAGAGCUUACAGGGAAAAACACGCAAUUUAUUCCAAGUACAUCCUUUGCAUCACUACCUUGAAUUAUGUGGAAUGAGAGAACCAUCCAUUGUCACUGGUGCAUACUUAAUAUCAGCCUUCUUGGCAGUUCUGGCAGGUUAUGUGGGUCUUGCUUCAGCAUAG